GAUUAUUGCCCCGUGCCCUAGCUGGGUCCGUAGGCGGCCGGAGCAGCGCGGCGGGACGAGGCAUCCUUCAGCCAUGGACGCUACGAGGCAGGUGGUUAACUUCGGCGCAGGACCCGCUAAGCUGCCGCGCUCUAAAUGAGCCAUAGGACAUCUGAUUUCUCAAAAAUUAUAAACACAUCUGAAAAUCUCUUACGUGAAUUGCUAAAUAUUCCAGAAAACUACAAAGUCAUUUUCCUCCAAGGGGGUGGGUCUGGUCAAUUCAGUGCUGUCCCACUUAACCUUAUUGGACUAAAAGAAGGAAGAUGUGCUGAUUAUGUGGUUACUGGAGCUUGGUCAGCAAAGGCAGCUAAGGAGGCAGAGAAGUAUGCCAAAGUGAACAUUGUUCAUCCUAAACUUGGAAGUUACACAAAAAUUCCUGACACAAGCAGCUGGAAUCUUAACGCGGAUGCCUCUUAUGUCUAUUACUGUGCUAAUGAGACUGUUCAUGGAGUGGAGUUUGGCUUUGUACCUGAUGUCAGAGGAGCAGUCUUGGUUUGUGAUAUGUCUUCAAAUUUCUUGUCCAGGCCAGUAGAUGUUUCCAAGUUUGGUGUCAUUUUUGCUGGUGCCCAGAAGAACAUUGGCUGUGCUGGAGUAACUGUGGUAAUAGUGCGUGAGGAUUUGCUUGGGUUUGCACUCAAAGAAUGCCCUAUAGUAUUGGACUACAAAGUACAAGCCGGAAAUGGCUCAUUAUAUAAUACUCCUCCAUGCUACAGUAUCUAUAUCAUGAGUUUGGUCCUGGAAUGGAUAAAGAACAAUGGUGGGGCUGCAGCUAUGGAUAAACUGAGUUCAGUCAAAUCACAAAUGAUUUAUGACAUUAUUGACAAAUCCAAUGGAGUCUAUGUAUGUCCUGUGGAGAAAAAGAGCCGAAGCAGAAUGAAUGUUCCAUUCCGUAUUGGCAGUAUUAAGGGUGAUGAAGCUCUGGAAAAGAAAUUCCUUGAUAAAGCUGUGGAAUUGAAUAUGAUCUCUUUGAAAGGACAUCGAUCUGUGGGAGGAAUCCGUGCUUCUUUAUAUAAUGCUGUGACAAUAGAAGAUGUUCAGAAGCUUGCAACGUUCAUGAGAAGCUUCAUGCAGAUGCAUCAGUCAUGAAUGUGCAUGAAUUAGUGCAAUGCUGCACAUCUAUGAAAUAAAACAUAAAGGGGUUGACAGUUAUUGUGAUGCUGAAUAAAAUGCACAACAACUUUAGUAAACAAGAAUUUUGUUUUAGUUCAUAUACCUAUUGUAGGUAACUAAAUAAGGAUGAAGGGCCCAGUCCUACAAUGUCUUGAGUGCCCUCAGCUUCCAUUUAAGUUGAGGACACUCAGUACCUGAAAGAAUUGGUCCCUAAAUUUGCAAAACAGAUAACUUUAUUGGCAAUCUAACAGUGGAUAGUAUUGUAAUCUACUGUAGCUCAGAUUCUGAUCUUAGUUACGCUGCUGCAAAUCCAUGGAAAUCAAUGUGUUACUAUGGAUUUACACAGGUAUAAUUGUGAUCAUAAGCUGUCCCAGUUGUGGGGCGGGGGACUCAUCAUGUUUUUUUACUCUUUUAUAUGUAACUGUAGAAAUCAAUUUUUUUUCAAACUAAUGCCUCGUUCUCAUUAAACUUCAGUAGUGCUUGGUUCUGUAAACAGAAUUUCAUGAAUACUAUGAACACGCACAUGAGGCUAGAACUGAUGGUAAUUGAGAAUACUUGGUUGGUAUGUCGAAUACAUUCCAAAAAUGCACCUCUGUGUAGUCCUUGGGGAAACUGAUGUAGACAUUUCCUGACUUCAACUGUCUAAAGGCUAGGUCUGCUCACCAGCAUGAGGUUCAUUACCCUGAGGAGUCCCACUGACUUCAAUGUAGUAGUAAGCGUUAUUGUAGUAAGUGUUUGUAUGGUUAGGCCUUUUAUUUGUGUUGUCAUUUAUAGAUGUAACAAGACAUAUACUCGUAUGUAGUAAAAUCAAUGUGUAAGACGUUUGUUUCUGUGUGCAUUUUAUAUUAAACCAGUGUAGGGUAUUUUCCCCUCCCCACAAAAACUGCCCUCAUUUUAAUUUAACCCUCUGUUAAACUGGACUCCCGAGUUUUACUCGAUGGAACACCUGUUUAAUGCAUCCUCCUCCUUACUGACUGACCACAAUCCCAUCUUGCUCCCUAGCAGUCCAGAUCACAGCAGCUAAAAUAGUUUCCUUUGCCUGCUGUUUGGACCAUAUCUCCUCCUUCCCUUAGUUGCUUCACUUCACUAGCUUCCUUCAUCUUCUGCAUCGCAUCAGCCUUCUCAUCUUACACGUGGCGCUCUGAACAAAUCCACUGGUGUAUGUCUUGGCUCCUGUCUUGCUUCCUUCACUCUGCCAGAGAGAACUCCACCCCACUGUGCUCUUUGUACCCCUCCCCCACUCACCUACAUGUCUUAUUCCAUGCUUUCCUGGACAGCUAAAACUCCCUCCCUAGCCCAGGCUUCAGGGACCUUCUUUGCACAUGCAACUUUUCCUUGAAACUCAUUUCUUCUGCAUAGCCCACAGUCCUAAUCAAUGCCAGUAAAAAUGCUGCCAGCCGCCUUUUGGUGAAACAACAAAGGAACAACUGAUUCUGUUAACGCUGUUAUCUGGGACUCCUGAUGUAAUUGUGUUUGGUUUUUCUGUCUUGUUCAGACUGUAAGCUCUUUGGGGCCGGAAUAUGUCUUUUGCUUCUUAUAUAGUGCCAAGAACAGUAUUGAAGCUUUAAUAAUCUUAAUGAUGGACUACUUCAUCCCUGUGUAAUGUCUCUGAAAUCAAUGGAGUUACAUCACCGGUGAAUUAAAUUCUGAUCGAUAGGUGGUAGUUUUUUGACUGCUGUUUUAAGAACUCAUUGCCAACUUAUUUGUUUAAUUUGUGGAGAAAAUAAAGUCUUAGAACACAGAG